AUGGACUUCUCGGAGCAGGACGUCGACGUCUUCGGCGACGACUACGACGCCCGCGACGGCGCCGAGGUCGAAGCCGAAGGAGGAGGAGGCGGCGGCGCCUCGUCCGGCUCCUCCUCCCCGUCCUCAUCCUCGUCGUCCUCUGCCGCGGUGUCCUCCUCUUCCAGCGACGCCUCCAGCGGCCGCAGCAGUAGCGGCGCCGGCGGCGCCGGCGGGGACGAGGAGGGCGCCGACGAGGGGGACGGCGCGGAGUUCGACUCGUUCGACGUUGUGCCGGCGAGGGUCGCCGGCGGGUAUGGGGAGGAGGAGAGGGGGGAGGAGGUCGAGGAGGACGAAGAGGAGCCUAGGGAUUUGUUCGGCUCCGACAACGAGGAGUACGUCAAGACCCCCGCGCGUAGCAACUACCUAGUUCCAGUGCUGCCCUCAAUACGGAGUACCAACAAUCAUUCCCGGGGAGUUUUUGGAGGACGAGGGGGCAGAGGUCCACCUCUUCUUCCGAGGCCAGGAGGCCAUCCAGGAGGACGUCAUAACUUUGGCUAUGGGAGGUUUUCACAUGGAAAUGGCCGUAAUGUUGAAGGUUUUGUUUCCGAAAUGAAGCUUAAUAAGAGUGAAGAAACUCUAUCUAGGAAAGCUGUUGCAUUUCAAGAGCCUUGUGAGAUCGCAUGCUACAGUCGUGUUGAGGGUGGGGAUGUGUAUUUUGAUGAUCGCAGCUUGAGGCUUUUCAAACGUAACAUUUGUGACUAUAUUGGUGAAAAUCUCAAUAAAGGAUUUGAAUCAUUUACAGAGAAAAGAGAUUUGGGUUCUGAAGGAUUUGGCGAUCUUCUUGCAUGCAUAAGAAAUUCAAACCUACCUCUUCAGAAUAUACAUUUUGUGACAUACCGUAACAACCUUAACAAGAUAUUGGCCACGGCUUAUCUAAGAGAACCAUGGAAGAUGGGUGUGCACAAAAGAAAUGGAGUUGUAUACCUUGAUGUCCAUAAGCUCCCAGAAAGACCACAAAGUGAGAUUGAGCGCAGGAGAUGUUUUUGGGGCUAUUCUUUUGAAAAUCUUGCCACUGAGAACUCCAUUGAUGAGGAUGGAAGAGGUAUUGAUGCAAAUGUAGAGUAUUGUUCUGUAAUAAAGACGAAAUUGGGUGCACAUCGCAUUAUCAUGGGUGCUGAGAUGGACUGCUGUGAUGCAACUGAUGAUGGUAGGCGGUUCUACGUGGAGUUGAAAACAAGCAGAGAGCUGGAGUAUCAUACCGUGGAAAGAUUUGAGAAAGAGAAGUUACUUAGGUUCUGGAUUCAAUCAUUCCUUGCUGGUGUAUCGUAUGUUGUCGUUGGUUUCAGGAAUGAUGCUGGUGAACUUGUACGAACUGAGAGACUAAGAACGAAAGAUAUCACACAGAAAGUAAAAGCAAAGAACUACUGGCAGGGUGGUGUUUGCCUGGCCUUCGCUGAUGAGGUUUUAUGCUGGUUGUAUGGCACUGUCAAAGAGAACGAAGACUAUGUUCUGCAAUUUGUACAACCAUUCCAUCGGUUGGAACUCAUAAUGGCGCAGUCUCCGUGCCCUGAUGCAAUAACCCAGCAUGUGGAGCAGCUCUCUGGCACGACAAACUAGAUUCACUACUAAACAGAACUCAGGCAAGUGGCAAGUGAUGUUUGAGAGCUGCAUCGCGGCUUAUAAGAGUUGAGCACGGCUCACGCUAAUACCAGACGAGGAGGGGCUGAUGCUGAUGCAUCAAGAACUGACGACAUCCUGUUAUAUAGUCGGUCAUGGGCCGUCAUGGGUGGACAGCUCACGGUUUGCUCUUUGAGCUGCCAAGAGAUUUUGAAGCCAUCGAACACAAUUUCUCCUGUAAUAUUAAGUUAUAAGUUCGGCAGAUGCAGAGAUAAGCUACCAUUGUAAUGGUUCACGGCCUGAGGCACCGAUGAUGUAACUUUUGUACCAAUGAGGCAAUGAUAUGAAUUUUUAGAGAUAAACAUUGCUAUACCA